CUGGCGUUCACGUGACCGGGCGCCGCCGCACGCUCGCUCGCGGAAGUCCUCCGCGAAAGGCGCUGGGACCCCCGGAUGCCCUGCGGCACGGGCAGGCAGGCUCGGCCGAGCCGGACCGCAGCCGGCCGCCGGGAUGGUGCAGCUGUACAACCUGCACCCGUUUGGGUCGCAGCAGGUGGUGCCCUGCAAGCUGGAGCCCGAGCGGUUCUGCGGCGGGGGGCGCGACGCGCUGUUCGUGGCGGCGGGCUGCAAGGUGGAGGCGUUCGCCGUGGCGGGCCAGGAGCUGUGCCAGCCGAGGUGCGCCUUCUCCACGCUGGGCCGGGUGCUGCGCCUGGCCUACAGCGAGGCGGGAGACUACUUGGUAGCAAUUGAAGAGAAAAACAAAGCUACAUUUCUGCGUGCUUAUGUGAACUGGAGAAGUAAAAGGACUGAGAACUCUCGAGUGUGUAUUCGAAUGGUUGGGCACAAUGUGGAGACACCCUUCAGCGAAAACCUCAGAGAUCAGAUGUCUAUUAUUGAAAUGCCACUUUCUGAGGCCCCCUUGUGCAUUUCCUGUUGCCCUGUGAAAGGAGAUAUUCUUGUUGGCUGCACAAAUAUGUUAGUCUUAUUUAGUUUGAAAUAUCAGAUCAUCAAUGAGGAAUUCUCAAUAUUGGACUUUGAACGUUCUUUAAUUAUACACGUAGAUAAUAUCACUCCUGUUGAAAUUUCUUUUUGUGUUGGAUAUGUUGGUGUCAUGUCAGACUUAGAAGUCUUAAUCCUAAAACUGGAGUCAGACCCUAAAAAUGGAGAGAGAGUUAACCACCAUCCACGUAAGACCAGCAAUCCAAUGAAACAGACAGAAGGUGUCAGUAAUGAAAUUUCACAGCUUGAGUCAGAUGAUUUUGUUAUCUGCCAAAAGCCCAUGGAACUUCUUGGUAAAAAAAGUGAACAGUCUGGAUUAUCUGUUACACUGGAAUCUACAGGAUUAGCUGAUGAAAAACUAAAGUAUUUCCACAUCCAGCACCUGCUCUAUAGACGUUUUGCUCCUGAUAUUUCAUCCUAUGUCUUGCCUGAUGACAUCAAGUUGCAUUCCCUCCAGCUGUUACCCAUUUACCAGACAGGUUCUUCUGAUGGAAAAAAUUCGUCUCAGGAAAAAGAGUUGCUGAGUCUCUUUUGUUUUUUCUCCUUACCUCAUGUGGGAUAUCUCUACAUGGUUGUCAAAUCUGUUGAAUUAAUGUCAGUCUACCACUAUCCAGAGAAGUCUCAGCAGGCGGUGCUCACACCACAAUUCUUGCACGUCAUUACAAGCAAUAACCUGCAGUGUUUCACAGUGCGGUGCAGUGCAGCAGCAGCUCGUGAGGAGGACCCGUACAUGGACACCACCCUGAAGGCUUGCCCACCUGUCAGUAUGGAUGUCUGUGCUUUAAGAAUACAGCUUUUCAUAGGCUUGAAAGCCAUCUGUCACUUUAAAAACCACAUUAUACUUUUGACUAAGGCAGACGCUGAGGCCAUUCCAGAGAGAAGAGAGUCACCCAAGAGGCUUCUUUCUAGAAAAGAUACCAAUGUUAAGAUCAAAAUACCUCCUGUAGCUGAGGCUGGGUGGAAUUUGUAUAUUGUGAAUACAGUCUCACCAGUGCAACUAUACAAAGAGAUGGUAGACUAUAGUAAUACCUACAAGACUGCCAGAACCCAGAGCUGCAUUCAUCUUCUCAGUGAGGCUCAUCUGUUAGUGAGAGCUGCCCUGAUGGAUGCCAGUCAGCUGGAACCCGGGGAGAAAGCAGAGCUUUUGGAAGCAUUUAAGGAAAGCUGUGGGCACCUUGGGGACUGUUACAGCAGGCUUGACACCCAGCAUUCUCACCUCACCUUGCCGUACUAUAAGAUGUCUGGUUUGUCUUUGGCCCAAGUUUUGUCCCGCAUGGACUGGACAGUAGAGGAUGCAUCACAUAAAUAUGAGAGGGGAUUAAUCUUUUAUAUUAAUCAUUCACUUUAUGAAAACCUGGAUGAAGAAUUAAGUGAAGAAUUAGCAGCAAGAGUGGUUCAGAUGUUUCAUGUAGCUGAGCCGAAGCAACUGCCUCAUAUUCUUUGUAGUCCUUCUAUGAAGAAUAUUAAUCCUUCAACUGCCAUGAGCUAUCUGAGGAAGCUGGAUGCUUCUGGGUUGUCAUCGAUCUUACUGACAUUGACUAAGGCAGCAAUGGCUCUGAAAAUGGGAGAUCUUGACAUGCACAAAAAUGAAAUGAAAAGCCAUCCAGAGAUGAAGUUGGUAUGUGGCUUCAUUCUGGAACCUCGACUAUUGAUUCAACAGAGGAAGGGACAGAUUGUUCCAACAGAACUUGCAAUUCACUUGAAGGAGACUCAGCCUGCAUUACUUGUGGCUUCAGUCCUGGGCUUGCAGAAGAACAACAAAAUUGGAAUUGAAGAAGCAGAUUCCUUUUUUAAGGUGCUUUGUGGCAAGGAUGAAGAUACGAUUCCUCAGCUCUUGGUAGACUUUUGGGAAGCUCAGCUAGUGGCAUGUCUCCCAGAUGUGGUACUUCAGGAACUCUUUUUUAAGCUCACAUCACAGUAUAUCUGGAGGUUGUCUAAGAGGCAGCCUCCUGACACCACACCGUUGCGAACAUCAGAAGAGCUGAUAAAUGCCUGUGGUCAUUAUGGCUUAAUCUAUCCAUGGGUUCACAUUUUAAUAUCAUCUGACUUCUUAGCUCAUGAAAAUUACACAGAAGAUCUUUUAAAAUUGCAGUCUCUUAUGUGUGGUCCUUCAUUUGACAUAGCUUCCAUUAUUCCGUUCUUGGAGCCACUCUCAGAAGACACUAUUGCUGGCCUCAGCGUGCAUGUUCUGUGUCGUACGCGCUUGAAACAGUAUGAACAGUGCAUAGACACACUCUUAGAGAGAUGCCCGGAGGCUGUCAUCCCGUAUGCUAAUCACGAACUGAAAGAAGAGAACCGGACUCUGUGGUGGAAAAAACUGCUGCCUGAACUUUGUCAGAGAAUAAAAUGUGGUGGAGACAAAUAUCAAUUUUACCUGUCAUCAUUAAAAGAAACAUUGUCAAUUGUUGCUGUGGAACUGGAACUAAAGGAUUUCUUGAAUGUUCUCCCAGAAGAUGGCACUGCAGCAUUUUUCUUGCCUUAUCUUCUUUACUGCAGUCGAAAGAAAUCAUUGACUUGAAGGUACCAUUUGAAAAACACCAUAAUGGCAUUUGAGACUGAAUUUCUGAAAGUUGAAUGCCAGGUAAAAAUACAAGUAAAGGAUUUUUUGUAUAUAUAUAAAAUAUAUAAAUAAAUGCUUUAAGGCUGCUUACUUUACCAUGUAGUGGUAACUAUGACCUGAAUCCAUUUAAUUGUUCAGAAUGUAAAUGAAUCUUCAAGGCAAGAAUUCCUUAAAGAAGCCAAGUAUUUUAAACUGACUUUUAUUCCAAGGAAUAACAUCAAUUCACUGUUGUUGGAGACACAACUUUGAAAAUGAUGUUAAUGUUUUGCUACAGUACAAAACUUUAAGCCUUAUUUUUUUGUUGUUGUUGUUACUUUUGUUACUUUAAGAAAACUCAUGCUCUGUUUUUUCCUUAAUUCAAAUGAAGUAGAAGUUUACAAAGCUAACUUUCUUCUUGUCUGGCUAUUAACAUGAUUUGUUUUGAAUCCAUGUUAGUUUCAACCAAAGCCUUGUUUCCAUUUUUUGUUGAUAUGUACUCUUGUUUUAGCUAGAGUGUAUGUGAAAAUAAAUAUAUUAUUGUAUUC